GUCAUAUGUUUCACUCUGAAGGACUUGUAAUACUCAGAUAUUGGGAUUUCAUGUGAAGUGGUUUUUGUAUUUAUUAAAAUGCUCCUAAUAAAUCGUAAACUUUUGUGAUUUAAAAGUGGUGAAUAUAAUUGUUGCUGUAUCUGUGGUCAGGUGGCGUUUCAACCAUAAUGUGAACAAUUAAUUUAUUAUAGUUGAUUAUUUGAAGUAGACCCAGAUAAUUUGAUUGUUCUCAAACUUUUCACCAGAGAGAAAGUGUUGUCUGAAAUUAUUGAAUAGAAGACUUAAGAAUCGUAAAAGAAGUUUACAGAAUGGAAAGUGAAAAGAAGAAGUUAAAGCAUCCUAUAUCUUCUGCAUCAGCUAUUAUGCACAGACAUGACAGGAAACAAAAGAAAUGGUAUCGCCGCUUUCUGCCUUUGACGUCUGAGAAAUCUUUACACAAGCAAAGUGGCAACCUGCUGACACUUCCCCAUCAUCUGUUGUCGGAAACAUCUUAUACUCGUUCUUUGGAGGAUGUCAGACAAAUAUAUCUUGCAGUUCCAGGGGUCACGGAAACACAGAUGUUUUCCGAAUUAAAUUUGAGUCAGAAUGACGAUAAUCAGUCUGACAACAGCCUCUCUAGUGCUGAAAGUGACUGCUGGUCAUCUGUCAGUGCCUCACCAAAACAACGAAAAAAAAAUGCAAUUUAUAAAAGGUUGGUCUCGGAAAAUUCAGAAAAUCACGAUGGAAGUUCAGAGAGUGAGAUGAGCCCAGCGAAAUCCUCGCUAUGCAGAGUGAAAGCUGCAGAUAUUGACCGGUCAACCAUUAGUGAUUCUGAUGACUCAUCCUGGGCACUGGAUUUACCGCCGAGGAUGCGGGGUUACAAUCGAGGGUCAACAGAGUCCAUUAAUUCCCAGUGUGAGGCCAGACACACUAUUAGCAGACUCCUUUCACAAUCAGACUCAGACCAGGAGUCCACCACCAUCUCUAAUCGCCACUUGCUGAUGCAGAAUGCGUUCCACCAGCUGGACGUCUGGUUACAGGAAGGACAAGACCUUGUCAUCAGGGACAGUUGUGGUACCAGUGACCCAUACGUGAAAUUUAAGUGUGGAAAUAAGCAACUGUAUAAGAGUCGAAUAGUCUACAAGAAUCUCAAUCCAAACUGGGACGAGAGGUUUUCGAUACCGGUGGACAAUGUGCUCCGUCCUAUACAGGUCAAAGUGUUUGAUUAUGAUCGGGGGCCCACAGACGAUCCAAUGGGGUCUGCAGAGCUGAUUUUGGAAGACCUUGCUCCAAAUGUCCCCACAGAUGUGGAGUUGCGUCUGGCAGAGCGUGGCAAUUCCGGUUACAUGGGCGUGAUUCGACUACAGGUCACACUGAUCCCCAGGUCACAGGAGGAAAAGGAAAAGUUCUCUAAGCGUUCAACUCUAAAGAUAAUGGACAAGGAGUCUGCUGCCAGGAAGUUGAAGCUGCAGAUGUGGACCAAUGUGGUUACCAUAGUGCUGGUGGAGGGGCGGGACCUCAUUCCCAUGGAUGACAACGGGCUGUCUGACCCAUAUGUCAAGUUCAAGCUGGGCAAUGAGAGAUACAAAAGCAAGCACAAGGACAAGACCCUAGAGCCGCGGUGGCUGGAACAAUUUGACCUUCGCAUGUUCCCCGGGCAAACCAGUCACCUGGAGAUUGUCAUGUAUGAUAAAGAUGUUGCCAAGGAUGACUUCAUGGGCAGGGCGGUGAUAGACCUGUCCAAGCUGGAGAAGGAGAUCACACACUCUGUGGAGCAACCCCUGGAGGACGGGGCGGGGCUGCUCAAGCUUCUAAUUACCAUCAGUGGGACCUCAGCACAGGAAACCAUAUCUGACCUUUCGGCGUACUCCCCCGACCCCCAGGAGCGGUUGGAGACUGUUCGCAGAUAUGGUUUAUUUCAGUCCUUAUUGUGUCUCCGAGAUGUUGGCUGGCUUCAGGUCCAAGUGUUCAAGGCUCAGGGCCUGAUUGCUGCUGAUAUUGGAGGAAAGUCUGACCCAUUCUGUGUGCUCGAGUUGGUGAACGCUCGACUGCAGACACACACCGAGUACAAGACCCUCAACCCUGAGUGGAACAAGAUCUUCACUUUCAAUGUGAAGGACAUCCACUCGGUGCUGGAGGUGACAGUUUAUGAUGAGGACCGCGACAAGAAGGUGGAGUUUCUGGGAAUGGUCGCCAUCCCACUCCUAAGGAUGCGGCCUAGGGAAAAGAAAUGGUACGCCUUGAAAGACAGGAAGCUCAUUCAUCGAACUAAAGGCUCAAUUCAACUGGAGUUCGACUUCAUCUAUAACCAUAUCAAAGCAGCUGUCAGGACAGUUAAUCCAAAAGAAGAGAAAUUUAUGCAACCUGAACCAAAGUUCAAGAUCUCUGUGAUGAAGCGCAAUAUUGACCGUGUCACGUCCAUCAUCUCCACGUUCAUAGAGGGGGGCAAGUUCAUCAACAGCUGCUUCAACUGGGAUUCUCCAAUACGCAGUCUCACUGCCUUUCUGGUGUUCCUUGUGAUAGUUUGGAUCUUUGAGCCAUACAUGUUGCCCUUGACCCUAGUGGUGUUACUGCUCAAGAACAUCCUCAUGUCAUCCAUACAAAACACCUAUAGUAAGGACCCUGAUGCUGAUGAAUAUGAAGAGGAAGAAGAUGAUUUCGAUACAGAAGAUGAUCCUGAAAAGGAGGACAAGAAGAGUUUCCGUGAGAAACUGCAGGCUGCUCAAGAAAUCUGCCUUAAAGUUCAGGAGGGACUAGACAUGGUUGCCUCCUUUGGAGAACGAGUGAAAAACACGUUCAUGUGGUCAGUUCCAUGGCUGACUUCUCUGGCUGUGAUAGCGCUCUCUGCUGGCGUUGUGAUUCUAUACUUCAUCCCUAUCCGAUAUCUUAUCCUAGCCUGGGGUAUUAACAAGUUUACUAAGAAGUUACGAGCCCCACACGCAAUUCCAAACAAUGAACUUCUUGACUUUCUGUCUCGUGUGCCCUCAGAUCGAGAAAUUGUGGAGUUCAGAGAAUUGCGGCCAGAUAUCAACACAAUUCCUGGUCGAAAGAAAACAAAAUGAAGUCAGUGAGCCAUAUAUUGGUGGCAAAUUUUAUGCAAUCAUUUUAUUUAGAAAUUAUGGGUCUUUUUCAAUAUUGAUACUCAUUUGUCAACAAAUUAUUUUCUCAUCAAAUUUUGUUUACCCGGUAAGAUAAAGUGUUAUGUACCAUAUUAUAUAUGGGAUUGUUAAUAGCAUCACAAGACUAUUGAUUUACUUUGCUCAUGAUAUACAUGAUUUUGAAUGACCACAAUUUACCCAGGUUUAUCAUUUUUCAUUGAAGUUAUAUCCUUUUUUUUUCAAUAUGCAACUUUUAUCUAAUUUAUUUCGGACAUUGAUAUAUUUUCAAGGCGUUCAUCAUAUUUAUCUUUGGUGACAAGUUGAUGCAUCAACACUGUGUAAGUGAUUACCUGUUUUAGAAUGUGACCAAGAUGAAUCAAACUCACAAGAACAAUUGUGUUCAUUAAUCCUGUCUUCAAAGUGUGAUACACAUGUGUUCAUUAUCUUGUGAAAUAGUGUGACGUGAUUUAUCUAAAUAUUCCUUUUUCCUUUUUCUAUGACUAGUAAACUUCAUGUUUUCUUCAUGAAUUUGUUUUGCCUGCAUUCCAGUAGAUAUUUUUUGGGACCACUAUAAUUUUAACCUGUGAUAUUUUCAUGUGCUUUGACAUGAUUAUGUGCUGACACAAUGAGCAGAUCUUGUCAUGGUUGAGUGUUUCUUCAGAAUCAGUUGACAAUUAUUUGUUUAAAUACAGCUUACUGUUAGACCAUUUGAUAUAGUAAUGACCAGAAUCUAUUCAAGUCAGUGUGUUGAUUUACAACAGCUGACUGUUUUAGUUUUCAGGGUGCAUGAUCAACAGGGUUCACAGGGGUUUACACACAAUCAUUACAAAAUUUUAACAUACCGAUAAGAACUUUAUUUUUGCAAAUAUCUCAAUUUAUUGAAAUACAUUUGCAAAAAUCUUGAGUGAAUAAAAAGCAGUUUUUGUUGCAGUUUAUUCAGAUAUCUUAAGAUUUUAGAAAAAAGCUUUUAAUACAUUUGAAAUUUAUGCCAAAAUUUUACGUUGCCUGCAGCAAAACUGUGUACAUGAAUGUACACAUAGAAUAUUUGACCAAGAACACAGGCUUGUUAAAUAAAGUAAUUCUGAUGUAUUUCACAUUGCCAUAAGCACAAUAAAAAUGCCAUAAGCACCAUAAAAAACUGUAUUAAGAAAAAUGUUUUAAAUACUUGUUUGAAAAAAGCACCACUCACCUGUGUUUACAUCAAUUAACAUUUUAUUGUGAACCCAACAAAGUCAUGUGAUCCUGCACUUUGGUUUUGUACAGUGCAUGAAUCGUAUACCAGUAGUGACCACUAUGGUACAUGAAUCGUAUACCAGUACAUGUAGUGACCACUAUGUCCGUUUUUGCACGUUUCUGUUAAUUAACAAAUUUUGAUGUUUAAUUUAAAGCAUUUCAAUAUUCCUGAAAUCAAGAACAAUUCAUAGAUAUAUAUUGCAUUUAUAUUACAUAGUCUUAUGUCAUACAUAUAGAUUUUACAAAAACAAAUUAUUAAAAUAUUUAUUUUCAAAAUUGUUAACAGUGUGCUUGCAUUGAAAAAGAGUUUCACACUUUAUUUAUGAAAUAUAGUUGUAUUUGUAUGAGACUGUUAUGUAAUUUAAUUUUAUUUAAGACAUUUUACCAAAUAUACAUCUGUAAUUGUUUACAAUAAAAGGAGAAUAUUAUACUAAUUUUUCGAUGAAGUUAUUCUGCAUGUGUUUUAUGUUAAUAUACCACAGUUAUAAUCAAUUAACAAUUCAUUUUAUUGUAUGAAAAUCAAAGGCAAUUAUAAUACAUAUAGUUUAGUCUGCAUUUAGAAUAUGGUUCAUUCCAUUUUAUAGAUUUUUAUUUCACUUUCAUUGAUGAUAUUUAUGCCGCAGUUUAAAAAAAAAGUCUUAUAACAGUAGUGUUAUACAUUCUCAUUUAUAACUUAAUCUUGCCGCUAUUACCUUUCAUUGUUCUGCAACUGUUCAUCGACUUGCUUGUAGUACAUUUUUAUUAAUUGCGCUGGGAUUCUUUGUAUUAGACUGUCUAUCAUAAUUAACAUUAUUUUUAUUUCUAGUUACUGACGAUUUGCUUUAUGUUAAACUACGGGUCUGCUUUGAACUAAUUAGUCUCACAUGAGCUGUGUAUUGUGUGCACGUGUUUGACAGGCUCUGUCUUCACAAAUGAGUUUAUAUACUUACUAUAAUUAUGUAUAAUUACCCGGGCAUUCAAUUCUGGGAGUUAGGUCAAUCAACAACUUUUUAAAAUAUAACUAGUCAUUUGCAUGACAAUAUAACCAUAUCAUCUUUUUAUUUGUUCAAUAUUUAUUUUUUAAUUUGUUGGUUUGUAAGAAUUACAGCUGAUUUUUGUAUGCCCCCCUUCGAAGAAGAGAGGGUAUAUUGUUUUGCACAUGUCGGUCGGUCCGUCCGUCGGUCGGUCCGUACGUCGGUCCGUCCACCAGAUGGUUUCCGGAUGAUAACUCAAGAACGCUUAGGCCUAGGAUCAUGAAACUUCAUAGGUACAUUCAUUAUGACUGGAAGAUGACCCCUAUUGAUUUUCAGGUCACCAGAUCAAAGGUCAAGGUCACAGUCACUCGAAAUAGUAAAAUGGUUUUGGGAUUAUAACUCAAGAAGCUUAUGCCUAGGAUCAUGAAACUUCAUAGGUACAUUGAUCAUGACUGGAAGAUGACCCCUAUUUAAUUUUCAGGUCACUAGGUCAAAGGUCAAGGUCACAGUAAUUCGAAACAGUAAAAUGGUUUUCUGUUGAUAACUCUAGAAUAAUUUGCCUAGGAUCAUGAAACUUAAUAGGUACAUUGAUCAUGACUGGCAGAUGACCCCUAUUGAUUUUCAGGUCACUAGGUCAAAGUUCAAGGUCACAGUGACAAAAAACGUAUUCACACAAUGGCUGCCACUACAACUGACAGCCUAUAUGUGGGGGCAUGCAUGUUUUACAAACAGCCCUUGUUUUAAUUUGGUGCUCGAACAUCUUGUUAUAUUGUUUGGCCCAAAAUUAUUUAGCUUAUCUAUCAUAGUUGUAUGUUUUUAUUUUCAUGCACACAAUGUUUUAAGUACGCAUUGAUUAUCAGGAUAGAUUGUUACUGGUUGAUUUGAAAGAUUCAUCAAUCUAUUAUUACAAGUUGUAAGUCAACAUGUCAGUUCUUGUAAUUGAAAAAUAUAUUUAGGCCUCGAUGAAAUCUCAAGGUUUUGAGUUGUACCAAACUAUCUUUAAUUUAAGACUUGUUACAGGAUACAAUCUUUAGUACAUGUAGUUUAAACCUAUUUACUUUAUUCUAUUGCACUAAAAGCCUAUAAGGCUUAUUUGAAAUGCUCUCGAGUCUGUUUCCUGGGACUUGAACCAGUUCCAGGCGUUUAUGGUAGAGAUCUAAGAAACGCUCACCCAAUCUGUGUUAGGAAGAUAAGUUUGUGGAUUUCUCCUUUUGUAUUGUAUGCAUAUUCAGAUUUUUUUUCAAAGAGGUGCAAUUUUAGAGUCAUUCUGAUUAACAGUUUAGAGACAUUGUUUUCAUCGAGUGCCUUACAAAUACACCACUGCUGCAUAGAAGAUUUGCAGCACGUGCAUGGAUACAACAUCAUGCACCGUACUGAUUGCUAAACAGUCUUUUAGACUGGAUGUGGAUGAGCCCAGCCUGAUCAGGAGCUACUCUGUCUGCUUAUGAGACCAUAAAACCUUGCAAGACUUUUAACAAGGAAAGCGCAGAUCCUGUCCAGACUGAGCAAUUGCACAGGCAGGUCUAGAGCUACGUUGGUGGUAUAUGGCAUAAGACCCAUUAUCAGAUGGAGAGGCAAUAUUUCAUGGUGUUCUUGCGUGAAAUUAAGGUGUACAUUUUUUUAAACUGCUGUGUGCAUGUUGUACCCCAAUCCCUUUUAAAACUACUUUUUGGCAUGCCUUGAUUUCUGGCUAUGUAUUAUCAGGUAUCAAUGCUUAUUUUUGAUGCAUUUAACACAUUUAUUUUUGUUUCCCAGUAGAGAUUAUGUUUAUUUUUUGUUAUUAUAACAAACUGUGCAAUAGAGGAAUGAUAUUAUAAAACGAUUGUUUAUUUUAUCAUUUCAUGUACAUUUUAUAAAUAUCUUAUUGAAAUAUGUUUACUUCUAUGCAUGUAUACUUUUUUUAUAGAUGUAAUGUAUACUAAAAGGCACCAUUUAUAUAGCACUAACAUUCAUGUAACUGACAUUUUGUGGAACAAAAUACCAAGGACAAGAAAAAUGUUUAUAUGAUACUAGAUAUGCCAAAAUAUUAUUUUUUUUAUUCUAGUAAUUAUACUCUUUACAUAAAAAAUAUACUUAAAGAAAUUGUUAGAUAUCACCAGUUUUUGUUCACUUGGACAGAUUCUUUGCUUGUGAAACUGUGUGACUAUUUAAAUGUCAAUUGACCAUUCAGUUUCAAUCUAAGAUUGCUUAUUAUCCCCCGCCAGAGGCGGAGGGAUAUUGUUUUGGCGUUGUCCGUCCGUCCGUCCGGCACUUUUGUGUCCGGAGCCAUAUCUUGGAAGUGCUUUGGCGUAUUUCAUUGAAACUUCGUAUGAGUAUAUAUAUUGAUAAGAGGAUAAUGCACGCCAAAUGGCAUUGUACACCAUCUGUUAAUAACGGAGUUAUGGCCCUUUGUAUCUUGGAAAAAUGCUUGUUUUAGUGUCAAAUAUAAUACUCUUGUGUCCAGAAGCAUAUAGGUGGGGGAUAUCAAUUCAACGAAUUUGCUUGUUUUAUGAGGAUUUAUUUUCAGAUAGUUAACCAGGUUUUCCGAAGGAAAAAACUGGUUAUUAGAUUGGCGAAUGCGGGCGGGCUGGCGGGCGGGCGGAACAAGAUUGUCCGGCCCAUAACUUUGUCGUUCAUUGUGAGAUUUUAAAAUCAUUUGGCACAUUUGUUAACCAUCAUUAGACGGUGUGUCGCGCGAAAAAAUUACGUCAAUAUCUCCAAGGUCAAUGUCACACUUUGAGUUCAAAGGUAAAAAAUAGCCAUAAAUGAGCUUGUCUGGGCUAUAACUAUGUCAUUCAUUAUGAGAUUUUAAAAUCAUUUGGCACAUUUGUUCACCAUCAUGGGACGGUGUGUCGCACGAAAGAGUCACGUCAAUAUCUCCAAUGUCAAGGUCGCCACGACUAAAAAUAGAUUUAUUUUAAAACAAACUUACAAAGGGGGUUAAUUUUGUUUGUUCAUUUCAAAAGUUGAGUUUGAGUUGUCUCCCUUUAUCAUAUUUUUUUUCACAAUGAAAACCUGGUUUUGUGACAAUUUUGUCCCUUGCUUGUUAAUUGUUCCCAUUGUUAAUUGUAUGUAUACAGGAUUAGUCAUUUUUGUGUUUCACAUAAUUGCAGAUGCACAAUUUCUCUGGGUGCUUAAUGUAAUCACCAUUUUCAAGGAUUUGUGGAGAGAUUUUUGUUCUCCUGUAAUACUGAGAUACUGAAUGUAUCUCUAUUUAUAGAAUGUAAAUACUUGGAUUUAAAUGUAUCUCUAUUUAUAGAAUGUAAAUACUUGCAUUUAAAUGUAUCUCUAUUUAUAGAAUGUAAAUACUUGGAUUUAAAUGUAUCUCUAUUUAUAGAAUGUAAAUACUUGGAUUUAAAUAAAACAUUACUUCUUAAUACAUGGACUUUGUCAGAAUGUCAUUUAUGUAUUUGGAUCACAUUUUAUACUUUGAAUAUCAUGAUAAGCAAGUCUGUAAACUGUGUGUUGAUACCACUGUUUCUGGCACAUUUUAUUUGUGGGAUUUUUUCAGACUCUAUUGACAUAAUUCAAGCAAAAAAAGCUUUUAUUGUACAAUUGUUAAUAAAUGUUAAUUUUUAGCUUUUUGUGCUUCAAUAUUUAGAAACAAGCACCCAGCAGAAGAACAAUAACUGCUAAAUGACUUUUAAAAUUGAAUGAUAGUUAAAAUACAUCUAAAGUUAAGCAUAUUGUUUAUAUAAAAUUGUACAUCUAUAUCAAUUAUGCAUUUUACCAUGAUAAACUAUUUUUUAUGUUUUGAGUUUGCACUUGUAAAAUGUUGACAAAAGUGACAUGUAUAUUUUUAAGUCAUGCCUCUGUGACUAUAAAACAAAUACCGACAAGUUACAUCCCUUUCUCAAAGUUGAUUGCCUGCAAUAUAGAUGGAUUUAAUAAUGUUUGUGAAGGAAGGUAAACAGUGGGAUGUUAUAUUUUCUCCUUUUAUCAUGUGCUAUGUUAUAUGUAUCUCAUUUUAUCAUGUGUGCAUAAUACAGAGCUUUUAAGCCGGAACCAUAUCAUGUCUGAACGUUUUAUUGAAAUUAAAUUUUAACUAAAA